AUGCUAUUCAAGCUUAUACUUGGAAUAAGUAUAACUUCAUUUUUGUUAACUAUUCUUCUCAUAUUUGGAGACUCGCCAAGUUUUAGAAACACCCCCAUACAAAAUGCAAGAAUCCGAUUGCUCAAUUUGUUUGCUAAGUUGAGCAGCUUUUAUAACUACCUUGAUAAACGAACUGAUGGCAGGUUUAUUCAAUAUCUUGGAUGGUUAGUACCAAUUGGAUACAUUAUUGUCGUAACCAUAUGCUUUCAGCAAUUUUUGAUCAAGACGAAACCAAUGAUUGAUGUAGGGCUGAUAAAGAUGGGAUAUAUUUUACUGUCAAUGGCCCUCAUCUAUGUUGCCACACUUCUUUGUGCGUUGAGUAACCCCGGAAUUGUCAAUUCCAAAUCGACAAAGUCAUAUCCAUAUCAGCCAAAUCAACUAAUAUUCUUCAGAGACAACAAGUGCAACUCUUGUCAGAUUGUCAAACCAGCAAGAUCAAAACAUUGCUCAGUAUGUGGACAUUGUUACUUAUUAUACGAUCAUCAUUGUGUAUGGGUGAACAAUUGCAUUGGCUGGAAAAACUACAGAUGGUUUUUUCUAUUUCUUUUUGUUAAUAUAAACAUGCUUAUGUAUGGCGGUAUCCUAUGUUAUAAGGCACUAUCACCACAAAUGACACGCAUAUCACAACUAUGGAAUGUAAUUACGACAACAACUGAUGCCAAUAAAGUCACGGGAGUUUUCCUCAUCCUUUGUACGAUUUUCACACCAAUCGUGGUAAUUUUUACCGGUUUGCAUCUACGAUAUAUUUACCUAGGAGUGACGACAAACGAGUUGGAUAAAUGGGGCGAAGUUGAGUAUCUUGUUGACUUGGGAUUGUUGUACAAAGUCUCCCCCAAUAUAGACAAUGAAACGUACGUUGAAAAAGCGAGGGACUCAACUGGAGCCGUUGUUUAUAUAAGCUUGAAAGAUGAGACUAUUUUGGUGCUGGAGACUAAUUCACCGGGUUACAAUUUCACACCGGUGUUAUCGGUUGUCGAUGAUUUGAUAAACGAUUACGAUCGAGGAUUCUGGAACAAUUUCAAAGAGAGGUUGCUAGUAUAG